AUGCCUUCCGACCCAGUCCCGCAGCCGUGCGAGGUCUGCGGCGUCGAGACGGUCCACCGCUGCUCGGCGUGCGUCGAGGCCGGCAUCUCGCUCUUCUUCUGCGGCAAGGACCACCAGAAACUCGUCUGGCCGGCGCACAAGACGGUCUGCGGGCCCGGCAAGGCGCACCCGUUCGCCGUCAUGCCGCUCACCGACGACGAAGCGACCUGGAUCGAGCAUCAUCUGGACGACACGGACCUCGAGCCUGGCGUGACGAUCCGCAAGCAGAUCGCACGCACGUCAAACAGCCGCCAGCCCGCUGAGAUGAUCGUGCAGGACAUCGUCAGCGGCGCGUACGAGCAGAGUGAGCUUCCCGACAAGCUCAUGCUCGUCCACUGGCUGCGCGGCUCCCUGGGCGACCGAGACGUCCUGGGUCGUCACGUCGCGUCUGCGCGCCGCCUCGAAGAAUGCGGCGCACGCGGCUACGACGCGCUCACAGGCGCCCAGCAGUGCGCCAUCGUAUUCAUCGGCGUCGCGGCCGUUCUGGGACGCGCAGGCUUGAGGCACCUGGCCAUGCGCGACGCCACCUGGAUCAGCCUUCUCCAGCACAAGGCGCUCCUCACGAAUCGGCUUGUUCAGCUCCUGGCCAUCGGCUGCGACAAGGACGCCGAGCUGAGGGGGCUGGUGGCAGCUGCGCGAAUCCGCCUUUUCGAGUGGGCCGCCACGGGCGCCGGCAGCGGCGACCCGAGGAUCGAGCGCGCGCUCACCGAGUACUAUGAACAGCGCGGACGAGCGGGGGAGCUGUAG